UACAAAUCGUAUAAUUUAGUAGUCAUCGAUUUUCGGAGAGCGCGGAACGCGUUAACGCCAUUGCGGUCUUGGUUGGUUGGUUGGUCGUCUUACGGAGGCGAACGCUAGCGGCAAUGCAUGAGAAAUUCAGUGAAAAUGCCAACGAGAAUCCAGCAGAUAGCAAGGUGGGAAGCGUCCAAGCUCCUUUGCAACCAACCAAACCAGCGCAGACGAAAUCAACCGAGUCCACGACAGUUGAAGUGACUACGAGUAAGACUACCACGCAUGUGGCGGCUAACGCGGCGGUCACAACAUGUGCCACAACUACAGCUAGCUUAACAACCACUACCACAACCACAAUCUCUGCCACUUCUAAAGUCACAACCCCAUCCACCGCCAAAGUCACAGUCACCGCCAUCAACAGCACAGCUACCAAACCGAUAACUGCCACAAUCACUACCGCAACCGGUAAGGAGAUAAUACCCAGCGCACCGCCCAGCAAUUACUGCAAUCGUCGCACUUGGAUUACAACCGAACGCCUGAAUGAGUUACGUCGUCGCGCACAAGAGGCUGUGAAGCAGAAUAAAACCUUCACCAUACGCGGCUCCUUUCACUCUGUACGCAAUGCGUUGGUGGCACGCGGUUGGAUUGAAAAAUUGGAUGUGCAUCGCAAACAGAUACCGACAGGUGUGUGUCAAGUGACGUACGAUGAUUUGGCACAGGGUUUGCCCAAACGCAAGCCGGGCGAGACGCGUCGUCAGUAUAUUGUGAAGUGUGAACGUAACAUUAUGUCGCGCUUUCUCGAACACAUGCCCAUCGACUUUCUGUGGACGAAUCGCAAGGAGAAAUGUGAUUAUAUAGAUCAAGCGAAAAAUCCCGGUAUGAUUAUUAAUAAGUUCCAUCGUGUGCCGUUCACUUCAAAGGAGGGUUUGUGCGCCCAGCUAAAGGACUUUCAUUGGUUUUACGAAGAGGGCAUGUCUGAGUUGUAUUUUCCACGUUGCUACAAUGUUUGGAGUCUCGAGGAAUUGGCCGAAUUUAUGGAAAAUUUUAAACUCACAGCCUGUAUUGCAUUCAUACGUCUCGUGGUGGAUCGUUACCGUCGAAAGGGUGUGGAUGCGGUGUUCUCGACCAUGGGUACCGUACCAUAUAAUAGCAUCGAUUUUGCAAUUAAACGUGUCAGUGAUUACUUGGAUAGUUGUGAGCAUAAGGAUAUCGAUUUGGAUGAGCUAUCACGUGUGUGGGAACAUGAAUGGGAUGUCUUCUUUCAUCAGCAUCAGCAGGUCGUAAUGGAGGAAGCGAAAAUUUUUACAGAACCUACACGUGCGCCGGAGUAUACGCUGAAAUCGAGUAUACAACUUUUGGAGCAUUUGCAAAACUUUUGGCCACAAUACACCUUGGAUGGAUAUCAGAAUUUGUGGAUUGUGAAGCCGGCGAAUAAGUGUCGGGGACGUGGCAUACAAUUGAUGGAUAAUUUAAAGAAAAUUCUAGUGCUUGUGAAUCCAUCCAUUGGUUCGAAAAGUCGCUAUGUAGUGCAAAAGUAUAUAGAACGUCCCUUGAUUAUACACCACACAAAGUUCGAUAUACGCCAGUGGUUUCUCAUCACCAACGUGCAACCGUUGGUCGUUUGGAUGUACAAGGAGAGUUAUCUGCGCUUUAGCUCACAGGAGUAUAGCUUGAGUAAUCACCAUGAAUCGGUGCAUCUGACAAAUCAUGCCAUACAGAAGAAGUACAACAAUGGAAAGCGUGAUAAACGUUUGCCCAUCGAGAAUAUGUGGGAUUGUUACUCGUUUCAAGCGUAUUUACGUCAAAUCGGCAAACAGGAUAUGUGGCAGGAACGCAUCUAUCCGGGUAUGAAGAAAGCCAUUGUGGGCACAAUGUUGUCAUCGCAGGAGAAUAUGGAUCGUCGUCCGAAUACUUUUGAAUUGUUCGGUGCGGAUUUUAUGAUAUGCGAGAAUUUCUAUCCUUGGCUAAUUGAAAUCAAUUCAAGUCCCGAUUUGGGUGCCACAACCAGUGUGACAGCGCGUAUGUGUCCGCAAUGUCUGGAGGAUGUGAUAAAAGUCGCCAUUGAUCGGCGUGUGGAUCCCAAAGCGGAUAUGGGUAACUUUGAACUGAUCUAUCGUCAAGUGGUGCCACCAACACCAGCCUAUAUGGGACUCAAUCUCUUCGUGAAAGGCAAACAAAUCGUCACUAAACCGCCACAUCAUCAUCAUCACCAUCACUAUCCGCAUCAGCAACGCGAACGUCCAUCGCUAAGUGGACACAAUUAUAGACACCGGCCCACCAUCACACCAGCCAUUUCGAAUGUGCACAAGGCUAUGCCCGCCUUCAAUGCCACCGAGUAUGUUGAGAAGUUUAUAAUGGAGGCGGGGAACAGUAGUCGCAGCAGCUUAAGUGGUGGUAUUACCGCCUCGGGUGCCGUCAUACACACUUCGCCAACGCCAAUGCAAAUGGUGCAAAAUGCACGUCGUAAAUAUCAUGUAACGCCACAAAAGCCCGUUAUGAUAUGUCCGAAUCUAUUGAAAACGCCACGCACACAGGUUGGCACACGCCGUAAAUCGUUUACGAAUCUCUCCAGCAAAGCUAACACCAUGCCGGUGACAGCUAAAGAUCAGGAUCAGACUGUACCGCUGAUCAAGCGACAUCGCAGUUGUGGUCCGCGUCUUAACACUGCCGUCAAGAUUGAUACAAAUGAAGGUGAAAGUGAUAAAAAUUUUAAAUUUAUUAUUAAAAAAUGUGCCAUCCCAUUACCGACCGAGGUCAAUAACCAAUUGCGCAGCCAAGUCGAUGCGGUAGGGGCAACGGACAGUACUCCAGCGCACGCGAGCAACAAAAGUAAAAGCGUCGAUAAUAUUGUGGAAAUGCUACGUAGGUUCAAAGGUCAACCCGAGUCAUUGACAACGUCGCAAACGCAAGCGUCAACACAGGUGACACGCAGUCGAAGUGUAGUGCAUGAGUUGAACGUAAGCGAAAAAUCAAUCAAGUCCUUACUGGUGAAUCAAACGAAAUCGAACACCACUGACGCGUCUCACGUGGCUGCAUCAGCUGCAGGCAUACGCACGGUCGGCCGCAGUCUUGUAACUUGGCGGCGCUCCAGGCGUCAGAAUGCCCGAUUAGCCGCUAAUGCGAGCAACACCAAGUCAGCUGGCAGUGUUUACGUUUGUAAGAAGACGCCAAUGGCGAUGGUUGCUGUUGCGCCCUCAGUAGCGACUUUAACGGUUGCGGAACGUUCCCGAGGCUCAUCCGCUAACUAUCAAAAGCCAGCUUCCAUAAUAAACGGUACAGCAAAAAUCUAA